AUGCCCUGCGGGGAAGAAGGCGGCCUCCCCCCUCGGCCGCGCCCAGCAGGCGCCGCGCGGGGGGCGACGGCGGCGCGGGAGGGUCAAACCGCGGAGAACGCGGCCGGGGACCGGUGCCGGCUUCCGGGGACCGUGCAGGGCACAACUCCCAAUGCCAGCUCCCAGUGCUCUACACCAAUUCCCAGUGCCCCGUGCCAGCUCCCAGUGCUGAGCAACAGCUCUCUGUGCCCAGUGUCACCUCCCAGUGCCCAGUGUCACCUCCCAGUUGCCCGGUACCAGAUCCCAGUGCCCUGUCCCAGCUCCCAGUCCCAGCUCCCAGUGCUGAACAACAGCUCCCAGUGCCCACUGUCGCCUCCCAGUGCCCGGUACCAGAUCCCAGUGCCAGCUCCCAGUGCUCCAUACCCGUUCCCAGUGCCCAAUACCAGCUCCCAGCGCCCUGUGCCAGCUCCCAGCACCGGCUCCCAGUGCUGA